GAAUUAAAUGGAGUUCUUUUUUCUUCUCCUUAUCGUAUGUACAUACAUACGUGUACGCUUUCCGCAGUGCGUGAUGUUUCGGUGAGCCGAGUUUUCGUUCUACGAGGACGAGGUAAAUGGAGAAACGUCAAAUACGGCAUGAGCACGCAAUCAUCGCGGCCGAAAGAUGGACAGAUUGCGACUACUACCUAUGGAUUUACCUGCAAUUACUGUCAACAAUAGUAGUAGCAUUAAAGGCAAGGCUUCUUUUGUUCGACGAUUGGCAAUAGGAUUUGUGAUUCUAGCCAUACUGGGUCUUUUAUAUGUACCAGCAUAUCACUCCGCACAGAGUCCAUUCUUAAGCUUAAGUGAUACUCAAUCUUCUGUAGAAUCUCCUGGCAGUUCGCACUUGAUAGCAUCUAUAGCGCAAUUACCUGGCUGGUCAUAUAAUACAUCAAGAAAUCUUUGUAUUUACAUUCAUCCAGAGAACACCACAUCAAUUUUCAGUCCUACAAAUAUCUGUUCAUUAUCGCCAUAUUUAUUAAUAAUUAUAUGCUCAGCAGUUGCAAAUCAGGAGGCCCGUGUCGCUAUUAGGAGUACUUGGGCUAAUAAAUACAACUUAGAUAAUUUGUACAAUUCUACAGUCAAAAUAGUAUUCCUAUUAGGACAAAGUGACAAUGAUACACUCAAUAAUUUAAUUGUUGAAGAAAACUCUCAGUACAAUGAUAUUAUACAAGAACGUUUCUUUGAUACAUAUAACAAUCUGACAUUAAAAUCAGUUAUGAUGUUGAAAUGGGUGACGUCAAAUUGCGAUAAAGCUAAAUAUAUCAUGAAAACAGAUGACGAUAUGUUUGUAAACGUUCCAUUACUCUUGCAAACAUUGCACUCGAAAACACAGCCGGAAAUACUCCUAGGUUCCCUCAUUUGUAAUGCUAGACCAAUAUUGGAUCCCAAAAACAAAUGGUAUACACCAAAGUAUAUGUAUGCAGAGAAAACAUAUCCAAAUUAUUUAUCGGGUACAGGAUAUGUUAUGAGCAUGAAUGUGGCAUUGAAAUUAUAUCAAGCAGCAUUGAUAACACCACUAUUACACUUGGAAGACGUUUACAUUACGGGUUUAUGCGCGAGACGCGCAAAGAUCCGACCCGUCAAUCAUCCUGGAUUCAGUUAUAUACCUCGCAAGAUAGAUCCCUGUGUACUCAGGAACGCCAUAACCACGCAUAAAGUUAAUGCGUCUAAUAUGUAUGUGAUUUGGGUGAAAAUAAGUGACACGAAUGUUUCCUGCAGUAACCGUACUCGUAGAGAUCGAAAAACGGUCACUCUAAGCAGAAAUGGCAGGAAUGCCGGCUAUUACGUUUUUAAAAGAAAAACUAUAAGCAAAUGUGUUUAGGUAUGUAUUUUCAAAUAUAAAA